AUGUCAUUGAUCCCGGCCAAUGACUCACCGCUGCUCGAGCUUUCAAAAGGCCACGAAAGCGCCGUUCUGGCCUGCAAAUUCUUAAAUUCCGGCACUACAGCGAUCUCUUCUGGUCUCGACGCUCAUUUGAGUGUCUGGGACCUACCAAACUCCAAAAAUUAUGUGAUAGAAAACUUAUUCCGUCAAAGCCCAGCAAUUACCGCCUUAGCGACCCUGGAUGGUCCAUUGGUCGUCGCUGGAGCUUCCAGCUCUCAAAUUGCAUUGGUAGACAUACAAACAGGCCAAAAGCUGCGAAAUUACACUGGCCACACCAGAGCUGUAAACCAGAUAUAUCCUCUCUCGAAUGACAAGUUCGUAUCGGUCAGCGAUGAUGGAAGUGCGAAACUUUGGGACACUCAUCAAAAAAAGCCCGUGUGGGAAGUAAGUACGGAAUUUCCACUAUUCACAGUUGUCGCACCGGCUGAUAAUCAUACAUUCUACACAUCCGGACUUGAUCCUACAAUUACAGCUUAUGAUUUGAGAGAUCCUACAGGACAAGAGUUGUUUUGUCUCGAGAAUCAGCAUUCAGACUCUGUCACAUCGAUCGAUGUUACCUCAGGACUCAAAAUGUGCAGUUUUGGCUUUGACAAUGAGAUUUGUCUACAAGAUGCCAAGCAAAAUCCAACUCGAGAUUUCAGAAGUUUGGGUGUCAUCGACGCUAGUUUCAAUGACAAUUCCAACAAAUUUUUGAUCAGAAAUCGUUUCAUCAAUGACGAUCAACACAUCAUCUGUGGUAACAGCUUAUUCGACGUCACUUCAAAAGAGCGUCUUGUGGACUUUACGGCUGAGCUGCAAAGACCUGUUAGCGUUAUCGAUAUAGACUACGACAAGGAUUCUCGAAAAGUGAUGAUGAGCGCUGAUAACGGAUCACUUUACGUAUACCAGCUGUGA